AUGACUGUUCUUCUUCCGAACCGCUCCAUAUCGAUGAUUCUAAUGGUACCAGAUGUUGAAACUCCAACGCCAUCAUCAGCGCUGAAUCCCGAACAAAUUGAUCGAUCUGAAUCGACUCGGUCGAUGCCUGUUUAUCACGGAACGAUUAUUCACGUUGAACCGCAUAGUAACAACCGUAAUACUUCGGAUCUAAUCAUUCGUAUCCCUAAUUUUCAAUGUUCACCAUCGUCAGCGAGUGGUACAAAUCCAAAGCUGCAACAAACAAUCAAACGACGUGCACCGAUAUGCCCUGUUCUCAGCAAUCUCAACACAGCUAAUAAUCGAGAGAAUAUACGUCAUGUUGAUCUUAAACAAACUCAAAUUGUUCAAAGCAAUCGUUUAACAACUGGUUUACGAAGUUUAGGCCGCGCGUUUACUCAUAACUGUCGAUCGAAACGAUCGGCUAGUAUAACUGAAGUAAUCUUCCCUCGGUCUCUUCCAGAUGUGGAAGUUCUGAAUGAAAAAUGCGAAACGCUCUCCUCAUCGAAAAAAACCGUCAAAGACGAUACGUUUUCAUCGACAAUUCCAAAGAUGACUCCACCGAAAAUCUCAUUUGUUAAACGAAAGAAUUUGCCGACGAAGAAAAGACAAGUUUCGUCAUCAUCAUCAUCGUCACUGAGUUCAACAGAUAUGAGGCGUGAGCUCAAACACCAACGGCUUGAUCAAAUCUCUACAUCAACAAUUCUGACUACCCAGUACACAGAAGUCACGAAGUCGAAUUCACCGAAAGUCACAUCAUUUCUACAAGGCUUGGAUGAAGAUGAUCAUUCUGCUGAAGCAGUUCAUAUUUGCGAAGAAGAUGAUCAUCAUGAAAUGCAAUCAAGUAGUUUAACUUAUGAAGUUGAACAGCAAAUCAAAGCCAUUUGUCAACUCGUUUCCGAUCAACCUGUUUCAUCAGUCGAGACUGAUUCGUUAUCCAUUCAUCGAUACAGCAGCAUCUCAACGAUUAUCCCCGAAAACCGUACUGAAGAAAUUUCAGCGUCUGAUAAACCAUUUACUGUUACGCUUCCAACAUCGAUGGAAAUUUCUGAGAGUAUCAAUAGAAAAUUGUCGUCGAGACCUUACCGACCAUUUCAUAUUCAAACAAGUAUACUUCAACCUGAUAUUAGUGUUGUACGAAUCGGUACAAGUAAUUUAGCAACUGAAAUCGGUUGUAUCCUACCAGGAGAAACGGGUUUUCAUGGAAAGCAACAGAUUGAAAGUAUUCUUGAAGAAGAUUCCACGAAUGGAAUUCAAUCCAAUGAUGAAGUGUUUACUGAAUGCUAUGAAGUUACGUACCAACUUGAUGAAAGUAAACGAAUAGCAAACCAAUCAAUAACUCCAACCCAGAUUAUUCUGAACCCAUCAGAAUAUCGGCAACUGGUUACAGGAUUAUCUGAAACUUCUUCAAAGCAAUACAAACAAAUCAAACGCGGUAAUACGAUCUCUGAAACUGUUUCUACCGAUCGACUCUCAGACAUUCACGAGCAAUCUCCUGAAAAUCCAACCAAUGAAGAGAUCUUCACAUACAACACAAAAUCUGAAAAUCUACCACAAGUCAACCUUGAUCCAAUCCCAGCUGAUCAACCUGAACCCACAUCAGAAACAUCAUCAUCAUCGGAUCAUUCGGUUCGACAUUGUUCUUUGAAUCGUUCGAAUUCUUACGAUGGCUACGGCGUCUACGUCAGCACCGACAUGGAAACACAUCAUGAACAUGUUAUUCAACAAGUCGAGAAAUUCUCUCCGGGCGAUGAAGCUGGUUUAAAAGAAAACGAUCGAAUAUUGUUCAUCAAUGGUGCGCCAGUCAUUGACGAAGACUAUACCGUUGUUUUACAAUUAAUUAAACACGGUUCAGACACUGACACACUAGAGUUUGAUGUUAUGGCCAACGAUGCUUAUGAAGAAUUCAAAUCUCAAAUGAACUCGAUCAGUUAA